AUGAUCACUUCGCUCGCACGAAUUGGCAACUCUGCGACUGUCUUGCAUAGAAGUUUUAAUUGCUGGACGGCGGCGAUAACGAAGAAGCACAGACCAAUAUACGAACGGACGUAUCCUACAACACUCGUUUUUUCUGACGGGAGUAGUAUAGAGAUCGAGUAUCAUGAGCCGCGGAAGAUAAUAGUUCUACCGCUGAAUCUCGCGGAACUUACAGAGGCCGAACAGAAGCAGAGACUCGAAAUGCGUAAGCCGAAAAGUAAAAUAGUUAUAGUCGAAGAAUUGGAGGAUAACUUCGAUGAGAAUAGAUAUCUCAAUUUUAACAAGUGA